GGAGAGAGAAAAAUUUCCAAUGUGGGCCAACAAAAAAUGCAAUACCUACGCACAGAUCACGUGCCGAUGAUAUGGUCAGCAAUAUGGCGAAGUCGUCACGAAGCCAAUGAGUCAUUUAUACUUCAUUGUUAACCAUGCAAUUAGACGCUGAAAAUACUAUUGACGAAGGGCUUUAUUCACGCCAACUCUACGUGCUCGGUCACGAAGCCAUGCAGAAAAUGAGCGUUGCUCACGUUCUGAUUAUUGGCUUGAAGGGCCUUGGUGUUGAAAUCGCUAAGAAUGUCAUUCUUGCCGGAGUAAAGAGCGUCACUCUUUACGACCCUGCUCCUGUCCAAAUAUCUGAUUUGUCAACUCAAUUCUUUUUGACGGAAGAGGAUAUUGGCAAACCACGCGCUGCUGUAUCUCAGCCUCGCCUAGCAGAACUCAACCAAUACGUACCCGUACAUGUAUUUGAUGGACAGCUCAAAGUAGAGGACCUUAAGAAAUACAAGUGUGUUGUUGUAACUGAGCUGCCAUUGGCACAACAACUGGAGAUCGACGACUUUUGCCAUGCUAAUGGUAUCAACUUCAUCUCUACAGAAGUCCGAGGUCUUUUCAGCCGAGUUUUCAAUGACUUUGGAAAAAAUUUCGAAGUGAUUGAUGCAACUGGAGAGAACCCAUUGACUGGCAUGGUUGCUGAUGUGUUGAAGGAAAAGGAAGGUGUUGUGACUUGCUUGGAUGAAACUCGCCAUGGACUGGAAGAUGGCGACUAUGUCUCUUUCACCGAAGUUCAAGGCAUGACUGAACUCAAUGAAAUGAAGCCUAGAGCCGUGAAGGUUUUGGGACCAUAUACCUUCUCUAUUGGUGACACCUCCAGCUUCUCUGAUUAUAAGUCCGGCGGUCUGUUCACGCAGGUCAAAAUGCCAAAAUACCUCGAUUUCAAAUCAUUCCGGGAAUCGAUUUCAAGUCCUAAAUACGUUGAUUCUGAUUUCGCCAAGUUCGAUCGCCCAUUGCAAUUGCACUUAGCCUUCCAAGCUCUCCAUGAAUUCGAAGCUAAGAACAACCGCCUUCCCAAGCCACGUAACGAGCAGGAUGCCGAAGAAAUAUGGCAAACCACUCAACAAUUGAACGAAAAAUUGGGUAUCAAAACAGAAUUGGACGAGAAGUUGAUCAAGCAGUUCGCAUAUGGUGCUGCUGGAGAAGUUUCUCCUAUGGUAGCUGUUUUUGGCGGUCUUGUCGCUCAAGAAGUGCUCAAGUCCGUUAGCGGUAAAUUCCAUCCUAUCGACCAGUACAUGUACUUUGAUUCAUUAGAAUCAUUGCCAAAGAACUACCCUUUGACUGAGGAAAAUUGUGCCCCCAUUGGAUCACGUUAUGACGGCCAGAUCGCAGUUUUCGGUAGAGACUUCCAACAGAAAAUCGCAGAUACUAAGGAAUUCCUCGUCGGUUCUGGUGCUAUUGGCUGUGAAAUGAUGAAGAACUGGGCUAUGAUGGGUCUCGGUACAGGUGCAAAUGGCCGAAUUUUCAUAACUGAUAUGGACACCAUCGAAAAGAGUAACUUGAAUAGACAAUUUUUGUUCCGCAAUACCGACGUUGGACAACUUAAAUCUGUAUGUGCGUCCAAGGCCAUCACCAAGAUGAACCCAGACAUGAAUGGAAAGAUAGAAACAUACCAAGAACGUGUUGGACCCGAAUCUGAAAAUAUCUAUGAUGAUAAGUUCUUUGAGGCUCUGGAUGGCGUGACGAAUGCUUUGGAUAACGUUGAGGCCCGAACCUACGUUGAUCGACGAUGUGUAUAUUACCGCAAGCCCCUCUUGGAAUCUGGCACUUUGGGUACCAAGGGUAAUACUCAGGUGGUGAUUCCUUUCUUGACUGAAUCAUAUUCUUCUUCCCAAGAUCCCCCGGAGAAGUCCAUCCCUAUCUGUACUCUUAAGAAUUUCCCCAAUGCUAUUGAGCACACUAUCCAAUGGGCAAGAGAUCUAUUUGAAGGUUUCUUCAAGCAGCCUGCAGAGAAUGUCAACCUUUACCUUUCCCAGCCAAACUUUGUUGAAGCUACGUUGAAGCAAGGUGGUAACCAAAAAGAAGUUUUGGAAAGCAUUCGCGAUUACCUCGUUACCAAGAAACCAUUGUCGUUCACCGAAUGUAUCGAAUGGGCACGUAUGAAGUUUGAGGAAUACUAUAACAACAACAUCCAACAGCUUUUGUUCAACUUCCCCAAGGAUUCAGUCACAUCCACUGGUCAGCUCUUCUGGUCCGGUCCUAAGCGCGCUCCCGAGCCAAUUGCCUUCGAUCCCAAGAACCCUAUCCACAUGGACUUUGUUGUUUUUGCUGCCAAUCUUCAUGCAUUCAACUUUGGCCUUAAGGGAGAAACUGAUAGAGAAUACUUUGAGCGUGAGCUUCAGAACAUUAAGGUGCCUGAAUUCAAGCCUAAGCAAGGUGUCAAGAUUCAAGUACAAGAAAAUGAAGCUCAACAACCUCAGACUUCUGAUGAGGACGAAUUGGAUGAGAUCAUUUCCAGCUUGCCCCCCGCUAAAGACUUUGCCGGAUUCCGUCUCAACCCAUCAGAAUUCGAAAAGGAUGACGAUUCUAACUUCCACAUUGAUUUCAUCACCGCUGCCUCCAACUUGCGUGCUUUGAACUAUGGCAUUACACCUGCCGACCGUCAUAAGACCAAAUUCAUUGCCGGCAAGAUUAUUCCUGCCAUUGCUACUACGACCGCCUUGGUUACAGGUUUAGUGUGUCUCGAAUUGUACAAGAUUCUGGACGGAAAGGACAAGAUUGAGGAUUACAAGAACGGUUUUGUCAACUUGGCGUUACCAUUCUUUGGUUUCUCAGAACCUAUUGCUGCUCCUCAACUAGAGUACCACGACCAGAAGUUCAGCCUGUGGGAUAGAUUCGACAUCCAGGGUGAUGUGACACUACAAGAAAUCAUUGACUACUUCAAGAAUGAGCAUCAACUGGAGGUUACUAUGCUUUCAUCUGGUGUAUCCAUGCUUUACUCCUUCUUCAUGCCCAAGAAGAAGUUGGAAGAGCGACUUCCUAUGAAGAUGUCGAAGUUAAUCGAAACGGUUUCCAAGAAGCCAAUUCCACCUCAUGUGAGGGCUGUCGUUGUGGAAAUUUGCGUCAACGACAGGGAUGAUGAGGAUGUCGACGUCCCAUACGUUCGUGUUGUUAUUCGCCCAUAAUUUAGUAGCAUGUCAGCAUUGAAUCGAAAUUUGGCGGCAAUAAAAAUGUUCAUAAGACAAUGACUUGACAUAA